CCCAUUAUUAACUGUAACUUCGGAUCCCAAACUGGCGACCUCACAUCUCCAUCUGGCUCGCGCAAAUGAUCUCAUAGACCAGAUCAAGCUCAAAGUGUUUCCUGCGUGGCGGGGGGCUGGAGAGGGUCAUGGUUGGGGCUGGGCUCAGUGCGUGAGGUGGGAGGCCGGGGAAGGGGGCCCGCCCCGGGGUCUGGAGUGUCCGCUGUGGUGUGUCCUGUGUCGAGGAGGCAAGGAGAGACUCAAGCAGGCCUGUCAGAGAGGGAGGGGAGUGCUGCACCUGCCCGCAGACAUGCUGAGCGUCAGACUUCCGCAGCUCUUUGACAUCCACCAGGUGCCAAAGGUGUUUCGAGAGGACGGCAUCAUGUCUGGGUACCGUCAUCCCAGAAGCUCAGCCCUGGACUGCAUUCUCAGCAGUUUUCAAAUGACCAAUGAGACGGUCAAUAUCUGGACCCACUUCCUACCGACCUGGUACUUUCUGUGGCGGUUCAGCAUGCUGUGCUCCACUCUGGACUUCCUGACGGAGAGCUACACCUGGCCGCUGCUCGUCUACCUGCUUCUUAUCUGCCUGUACCCCUUCACAUCCAGCUGCGCUCACAUCUUCAGCACCAUGUCGGACGAGGCUCGUCACAUCUGCUACUUCUUCGACUACGGUGCGCUCAGCCUCUACAGUCUCGGCUGUGCCAUCACAUACGGCUCUUACGUGAUGCCUGACUGCUGGGUAAACAGUUGGCUUCAUCAGCAUUUCGUGACCAUCGCCAUCGGCAACUCGCUCUUUUGUACCAGCAUGUCCUGUUACUCCAGGUUCGUAGAGUUGCAGUUCCCACACAAAAGUAAAAUCUUGCGAACGGCCGCAUUUGUUGUCCCCUUCCUGUUUGAUAGCUUCCCACUGUUCUACCGACUGCUGUCGUGCUGUUGGGGGAGCUGUAGUCCCAGUGAAGCUCUAGCAAGCCAUUCUUACCAUCUGCUCUUUGCGUUUCUCACAUGCUUCCUAUUUGCGUCUCACCUCCCCGAGAGACUGGCUCCUGGACGCUUUGACUACAUCGGUCACAGUCACCAGCUCUUCCACAUAUGUGCGGUGGUGGGCACCCAUUUCCAGAUGGAGGCAGUGUUGACAGACAUGGCGUCUCGCAAAGAUUGGCUGACGUCGCACUCCUUUUUACCUUCCUUUCUGGGCACCAUGGGGGUUCUCGCACUGGGCAUCCUGCUCAGCCUGGGCAUCAUUGGCACCUUUAGUGCCGGUUUACCGCGAACACCUCUCCAAAGCACUUCAGCCUCUAGCGGCGCCCACCUUCAUCAGGAGUAAAAAGCUUUCUUGACCACUCCACACCUCACUGUGCACCUUUCUGGACGAUUUUACACUAUAGCACACUUAUACAGUCACUUUCACUGAUAUAUAUAAGCCUUGAUACUUUUGUACUAAGAAGUCAAACGUUUAGGCUCUCACUUAUUCUAGUUUCCUUUUAUACUUACAGUUUAUUAUCUCAGCCGAAAACCCUAAUGAUAACCAUGACCUGUUUGAUUUUAUUCUUUAGUCAUCGUUAUGAAAGGUUGAGGGUUGAAUGAGGCUAAUAUUGAUUUUUACAGGUUAUAUUCUAACAGUUUGAGGAUUUUAUUAAACACAAUAUGAUGUUUGUGUCACUACGUAUUAAUGUUGUGUAACAUUAACUGGAGAAUAGCAUUAAUCAGGGAUUUUAUAUUUGCAUUAAUGUCAUCAUGAACAAACAUCAUUAAUAUAAUUAAUCCAAUUUGUUAUGAUUGUUGCAUAUCAAAAUAUACAAAAAUUAUGGUGGGCGUCAUAUCUAAACUACUGGCAGGUUGGUGAAAUUUUUUAUUUGUAAUGUCCCUUUUUAUCAUAAUUUGGAUUUACUGGAACGCCUUUGAAUAAUCUCACAGGUGCAGUAACAAAUUAAUUAAGGGCUGUAUUUCUAGAAAAAUAUUUCUGUUUUUUUUUUUUACUGUUACGUAUCGUGAAGUAUAAAUUUAGCUCAUCUAAGCGUCAUUCUCCUACUAAACUGCAUCUAAUGGGAAUAUGGGGCUGCACUGGAGUCCUGCACUGUCGUUUAGAUGUUUCUAGACAUUUGGUGAACAGCUUUGAGUCAUGUGUCCUCCUCUGCAUCGGGUUACAUUUCUGUGGUAUUGUUUUGUUCAUUGCAGGUUUAUGGCAUACAAUACACUGUUUAUAUUGAUACACAAGGUUUUUAUAUUUAAUAGCAUUUUGCCAAUGCACUUGUGGAUCCAGUGCAAGCUCGAAAUAGUUUUUUUGCUCAUGUAAUUAGUUCCAUUCUGUUCUUAAAACAGAAAUCAAAGCUAAUCGUUGUGUAUGGCUAAGCUCUUAACCUCUGUCUCUCAUUUUGUCCCUUUUUUUUCGUUUCGUCUGGCUUAGCGGUGCAGGACAGGUACGUCGGCUUGUAAUUCAAUGCAAUUAAUGCUGCUUAAAGGCAAUAGAUUUGCUGAACCUUUUUCUAACAAGCUCUUAAGUUCGGUCACAUGGUGGUAAUGAUAUUUUAAUUGGUGUUUGUGAAAGGGAUCUUGGGUUAAAAAGGAAAAGUAGGUGCUUCAGUGGUUAGUGGCGGAAAGAUUCUGCAUUUCUUCAAAUGCCUAUUUGUAGUUCGUCAGCAGAAAUUCUCGCUCACCGUUCGGUGUAAGUAGGUGUGUGUUCUUCCAGCUCCAGCUCUGAUGGAGUGUGUUCUUCUGCUCAAAGAUGUUUAGAUGUGAAUGUGACUGGUCACAAUAGUAGUUUGUGCACUAGAUUUAAAUGAAACGUAAAAGGUUUUGGAUUCCCAAUCCCUGUGUGUUUGUUGGCCCAAAUGAAUGUAUUGCAGUUUUGAAAACUGUGUUUUAAAGCACCAUUUAAUGUUACAAAGUAGCAUUUAAAAUUACCAA